AUGACCGACAAGCUCCCUCCCAACCUCCUGGCGCUGUUUGCGCCCCGACCUCCUCUACGAUGGGUCCCUCCCUGCGAUUUCCCGGCGGAACAGCGCAAGACAGCUGCCAUUGGAGGUGUUGCAGACUUCUUGCCUCACCUUGAAGCAUACAAGGAUGCCGAUGGUUAUGUCCCCACGGAGAGUUGGUUGCAGGCACGCGACCGGAAAAAGCUCGAGAAGAAGGCAGAAGUCGAGAAGCUGGUCACCGACGGCCCCAAGCUCUUUAACCCGGCCGAGGAUCCGAACAUCCGUGGCGAUGCUUUCAAGACCCUCAUGGUGUCGCGACUCAGCUAUGAUGCCAAUGAGGAAGACCUCGAGCGAGAGUUUGGCCGCAUCGGAACUAUCGAACGUAUAAGAAUCGUUCGUGACACCCAUGCCGAUGAGAAGGGCAACAAGAAGAAGAAGCCCCACCGCGGCUACGCCUUCAUAGUGUUUGAACGCGAAAAGGACAUGAGAGCUGCUCUAGAACAACUCGAUGGCAUCAGUAUCAAGGGCCGCCGUAUCAAGACCGAUGUCGAGCGUGGCCGUACCGUCUCAGGCUGGAAGCCUCGUCGCCUCGGAGGUGGACUGGGUGGGCGUGGUUAUACUAAGGCUAUGCCAAGCCGCCCCAUGGCCGGUCCCGGUGGUUUCGGUGGUGGCUUCCGUGGGCGUGGAGGCGGCUUUAGAGGAGGAGACCGAGGUGGCUUCCGCGGCGGUUUCGAUCGUCGCGGCGGAGGCUUCGGAGGCCGUGACCGCGGAUUCGGCGGACCACCAAACGCACCAAGCGGACCAGGAGGACCAGGCGGCCGAUAUGACCGUGAUCGCCGAGAUUACGGCGGAGGUGGAGAUCGUGGUGGCGGCGGCGGCGGGUACGGUCGACGCGAUGACGACAGAGGAUACGGCGGCGGAGGCGGCUUUCGCGGGGGCGAUCGAUCCAGCUCUGGCAGCAACGCGAUGCCGCUUGGUCAAAGGCACGGCGGAGAUAGAGGAGGGGACCGAGACAGGGACAGGGAUCGAGAUCGAGGCGGCGACGGUUAUCGCGACCGAGACUACGGCCGUGACGACUCGCGAAAACGACCAUACGAAGGAGGAUCAGGUUACGAAGGCGAACGAAAACUGCGCCGCUACUGA